AUGGCCCCAAACCCCUCCGCAACCCGCAAACCCCUCAAACUACUGAUGCUCCACGGCUACACACAAUCAGGACCCCUCUUCCACGCCAAAAGCCGCGCCCUAAUCAAACACAUCCAAAAGGCCUUCCCGCACCACGAAGUCGCCGCCAUCUACCCGACCGGCCCGCGCCGCCUGAACCCCAGCGACAUCCCGGGUUACGAGCCCAGCACCGACACCCACGAGCAAGCCGAUGCCAUCGAGGCCUACGGCUGGUGGCAGCGCUCCAAUACCGCAGACCCGCCGCUGUACCAGGGUCUCGACGACGGGCUGGCGGCCGUGGCACAUGUGCUGGCCGACGAGGGCCCCUUUGACGGCGUGAUUGGGUUCUCGCAGGGCGCCGCGCUGGCAGCGAUGGUUGCGGCGUUGUUGGAGGGGGAGGGAGGCGGCAGUGGUGCUGGUGCUGGUACUGCUGCGCCGGGAGUACCCUUUCCCUCUUCGUUUUCUCCCGCCGCCUUGCUCCACCCGCCCCUCAAGUUCGCGCUCUGCUAUAGCGGCUUCCGUGCCCCCGGGGCUCGGUACCGUGCGUUUUAUGAGGAUCCGCCCAUCCAGACGCCUGUGCUGCAUGUGCUCGGGUCGCUCGAUGCUGUCGUCGAAGAGGCUAGGAGCCGCUCUUUGAUUGAUGCUUGUGUCGGCGACCCCGAGAAGGAUGGCCGUGUUGUCUGGCAUCCUGGUGGCCAUUUCCUGCCCAGUCAACGGCCUUACCUCGAUGCGGCGGUGCGCUUUAUUCGGGAGCAGGUGGAGCGCGGAGACUCAGGGAAUGAUUUUAAACCUAAGAAUGAGGAAGAGGAUGUGAGGGAUAUGGAUGUGCCGUUUUAA